AUGAAAGCUAUGAAGUCUAAGUCCAACUGGGACCAGAACCCAAGUUGUAGCAUAAUGGUAUUUCAUCCAACCAAAGAAGAGUUUAAUGAUUUCGAGAAAUACAUUGCUUAUAUGGAAUCCCAAGGUGCACACCGAGCAGGCCUGGCUAAGAUAAUUCCACCCAAGGACUGGAAAGCCAGAGAGACCUAUGAUGAUAUCGAUGACAUCUUAAUAGCUGCUCCCCUCCAGCAGGUGACUUCUGGGAAGGCAGGUGUGUUUACUCAGCACCACAAACAGAAGAAAGCCACGACCAUGAGCGAGUAUCGCCGCUUAACAAACGGAGAAAGACACCGGACUCCAUUCUACUCUGAUUUUGAGGAUCUGGAGCGAAAAUACUGGAAAACACGCCCCUAUGAUUCACCAGUAUAUGGUGCAGACGUCAGUGGCUCCUUAUUCGAUCAAAACACGAAGCAGUGGAAACUUGGACACCUGGGAACCAUUCAGGACCUGCUGGAACAGGAGUGCGGAGUGGUCAUCGAAGGCGUCAACACCCCCUACCUGUACUUCGGCAUGUGGAAGACCGCCUUCGCCUGGCACAUGGAGGACAUGGACCUUUACAGCAUCAACUACCUGCACUUCGGGGAGCCUAAGAUGUGGUACGCGCUGCCCCUGGAGCACGGCCGGCGCCUGGAACGCCUGGCCAGGGAGCUUUUCCCGGGCAGCUCUCGGAGCUGUGAGGCCUUCCUGCGGCACAAGGUGGCUCUCAUCUCGCCCACGGUCCUCAAGGACAAUGGCAUCCCCUUCGGUCGGGUCACUCAGGUGGCUGGAGAGUUCAUGGUGACGUUUCCCUAUGGCUACCACUCUGGCUUCAACCAUGGCUUCGACUGCGCGGAAGCCAUCAAUUUCGCCACCCCGCGCUGGAUCGAUUAUGGCAAAGUGGCCUCGCAGUGCAGCUGCGGGGAGGCCUGGGUCGCCUUCUCCAUGGACCCCUUCGUGCGCAUCCUGCAACCGGAGCGCUAUGAGCUGUGGAAACGCGGGCAGGACUGGACCGUGCUGAAGCACACGCAGUUCCCAGAGCCCAGCAGCCAGGGCCUGAACGCCUGGAGGGAGGUCCGCGCGGCCUGGGGAGCCGUUCUGGGCCUGAGGCACCACCAGCCCCGCCGCGCUCUGCUCCCCCGUGGGCCUGUAGCCGCGGACGGUGGGACCCGCCACCGAGUCCCUGUGCAUGCUGUGUCCCGGCUCUCCUCUCCGGCCCGGGGCUCUUGCUCGGCAGCCCAGUUCGAGGCUGCGGCCACCUGCACCUCCGGGGAGCCCAGCCCGACCCAGCCGCCGACCCCAGGUCCAUCUGCCCCGGAUCGCCACCCAGCUGGAAGAUGUGGCCCUCGUCGUCGUCCUUGGGAACAGGGGACUCAGGAGCCAACUGCUCCCCCCAGGGCAAAGAGGAGGCUUUCCUUAGACAUAGCUCAGUACCCAGAGGCUCAGCCCCUGCCUGUGGAUGCACCCUCGCCAGACAACGCUGACCCGCUCAGCCCUGGUCUCCAGCAUCCCGCCAAGGCUUCUGGGUGUGGUUGUGGCCCUGUCCCCUAA